AUGACCAAAAAUAAAAAGAAAGUAACUUUUCAAUUAGUAUCUGCUUCCAACGCAGAUAAUAGAUCUGAAAAAUUACCAUGGCAGAGAACUUUGGUUAUAAAGGAGUCUCCGAAUGAUGUUUGGAAGAAACGAGGCUCAAAUGAGGUGCCGAAAGAUUUUUUAAAAAAUCUAGACCCUCAUGAUUUUGGAAUCCAUGAAAAUUUAAACGAAACACAGAAGGAAUAUCUAAUAAAAAACAUAUACGGAGAUGAAGAGACCUAUAAGAAAUAUGAAAGGCCAGUAAAAAAGGCAAAUAAAACAACUAUUUUAAAUGAGGAGGACCUGGACGGUGACUGUUACUUUCCAAAGGACGGAUACGACUAUGAACAGCACCUGGCGACAAUAAACCCGAAAUACUUUAUGCCAGCACCGAAGGUUGAGGAAGCAACUAGUGCAGGCGAUAUGGAUAUCGAAAACACCGUUGACUUCCCAGAUUUAUCAGCAACUAAGACUAAAAAGGACCCAGAAAUGGAUGAGGUACUAGAGGCAUUGGAAAGCGAUAACGAGUUUGAAGCAAUCGACGAUGACUUUGUUACACAAGCAAUGCACGGAGUCGAGGAUGAAAUGGACGAAGAUAAGAUACUUUGGGGAGAAUAUAAGCCAAUGAUUCCAGCGGCAAUCCUCGAUAGAAAGUUGGAGCAAUUAAAUGAUGUUAGUAUGGAUGAAUCAAUAGAAUUGGAUGUUGGAAAAAAUGACGUAAAUAAUAAAUUUUCAGGACAAUUUCACAUUAAGGAUUUUAUGGAAUGUGGAGUUAUAAAGAAGGAUCACAUGUCAGUAUUGAAUCCAAAAGAAAAAUUGAAUGAAAAAAUAUAUGAAUUGUUGGAAAAUGAAUCAGAAGAAAUUGAAUCCGAAGUCGAGGAGGAAUCAUCAGAAUCAGAACAAUGGGAUGUGGAAACAGUGUUAACGACAUACACAAACUCUACUAACCACCCGAAAAUGAUACUCUCGAGAAAAAUUAAAGUACCAAAGAUGGCUCCAGUAAAGGAGAAUGAAACGAACACGCAAAAAAGGGAGGAUAUUGACACGAUUGAGUUGCCAGAAGUAAACACACUGAGAGAAAAAGGAGAGUCACUGGAGCAGAAAAAGGAAAGGAAACAAGCAGUGAAAAAAACAAAAGCUCUGAUUAAGGAAAUCAAGAGGAAGAACAAAGAAGCACUAAAGGAAGCCAAGAAAAAGAAUGAACUGAUUAACACACGCGGGUCAUACGACCUAACAAAUGGUGUAAAAUAUUUAAAGUUGAAUCUAAGGGCAUCCUUCCACGAAGGAACGGUGAAUCCAUUCUCUAAAGUACAAUGGGUUUCUAAGCCUUUUUUAAAGAAGAAUCUUCCAACAAUAUCGCCACUGGCAACUCCACACCAAAGUCUUGGAGCUAUCACACAUAUGGAUACAACAGCCGGAAACUGGCACAUAAUAGAUGCAGCAAAUAAGACAGUUGGAAGCAUCGCAUCUCACGUUUCAGUAAUUUUGCAGGGAAAACACCUGCCAACAUACCAGCCAAACAGAAUAACAGGAGAUAAUGUAAUUAUAGUAAACGCAGUUAACGUAACAAUGAACGGUCACACAUGGGACACAAAAGUCUAUAAAUUUGACAGAAAAGCACACCCUAAGGGCCCUAAGGUUGUAACAGCUAAAACAAUAAUGGCAAGGAACCCAGCAAUGAUUCUGAAUUUGGCAAUAAAAAGAAUGCUUCCAAGGAAUAAGUUAAGACCGCUAAUGUACAGGAGAUUAUUCAUAUAUGGAGGAGCUAUUCACCCGCACUGGGGAAUACCACAAGUGGUAGUACCAGUAAAAAACAAACAAUCGCAAAAUACAAGUAAUGAUGAAAACAAAAAGGAACGCAUGUUGAUUACUCAACAGAAUGUGCAAAAUAAAAUUAGUAGAACUGAUCUAAGGGCCCACUUAUCGUACACAUUGUACCCAAUAUAG